GUACGAAUUAAGUGGGCCCCAAAUACUGCUAGCAGGUAACACUACCGAUGUCGGUUACAUUAAGGAAAUAAAUGAUUUGAUGAUGAUGUAGCUAGGAAAUCAACAGUACUGCACAAAUAAGGGGCCCAGGAAUUUGAUCAUGAUAUUGGCCAUGAUUCUGAUUGACUUGACAUAGACAGAAGAUGGCACAAGAAAACGGUUUUGAUAUUGCAGAUGGCAUAGACCUAGUAGAGGCAGCCACAAGGGAGGUGAAGUUUCUGGAGAAAGUUGAUCAACAGCCAUCUCUAUACAAUGGUCCCAUAGUGAGAAGGGCAAUUUACAGGUAUGAGUGUCUGUGGCUCCCCCUGGCGGCCAAGCACAACAACAGGACUCUGGUGGCUCCAUUGGAUAUUGCCUGGGUAUGGCACUGCCACAUGCUGGCACCAGUGGCCUACACAAGGGACUGUGAGAAGGCUGUGGGAUGUGUAGUUGACUUCAAGAUCUUCCUCAAUAACAGGGACAAUCAGUAUAAUAUGGACCUGGCCAGGUCCUACUGGGAAGAAAUGUACCCUGGUGAGCCGUUUGCAGUUUGUCUGGAUGAAGCAAGCUGCUCAAACACAGACUUUACCUCCUCAUUUACCUACGACAUAGAAAAAGCUGUAGGGAGACAGCAGGCUUUCUACUAUCAAGUUUCUCUUCCUCAUUAUCUUGAUAAAAAGUUUGUGGCUAAAGGUUUGAAGCGCUAUGAAAAGUUUUUGUCUGUAAAGAAAAGUAAUCCAGACCUUUUCAUUGUACCAUGUUAUGACACAGAUCUGAUCUGGCACACACAUCAACUACAUCCUGUUAAGUAUAAAGAGGAUACAGUGAGAAUUCUCGGAAAACAUUUCAACCAUGACGAUUCUGUCAAUGACAGAAGCUUGGGGUCAAAACUUUGUACAGCAAGUGAGGAGACACAAACACGUUGGCGAGAGAUGUUUGGGGAAGAUUUUUCAAACUUUGGAGCCAUGUACAGAGGAGAUUCGCCUGCAGGCAAACUAUGUGUGGUACCAAUGGCACCAAUUUAUGCUGAAUGUACAAAAAUUGCCAGUUUCACCAUUCAAAAUAUUGACAUUGACAAUGAAACUAUGCAUCCAAAGAAAAUUGCCAAUGUGAAGUUCAUAAGUAUAUUGGAAGGUGGUAUAGACUUAGAAUUGUUGAAAUUAAAAAGACCACAUGAUCAUGGCCAGGGGCUUUGGAAUGAGGCAAAUUUAUCAACAGUUAACAAAAGUUAUGAAAUUGACACAUACUAUAGCAGAACAGUUGAUCUAAGGCUGAGCAGGAAAUCAGGGUUUGUGAAAAAAUUCACAGGUAAACCUUCCAGAGUCACUGGGAAAUUUGAUGUUGAUUCCAUACUGAAAAAAUGUUUGGCAAACAGUGAAAAGGUUACAAGUGUUGGAAUUGUAUGUGAAAUGUCAGACGGUUCCAUCAUGAAGUUAAAACAGAACGUUGAGAUUACUAAAAUAUCUCAGUGUCGUCUAGGAGUAUCCAUAGGAUCAUUUGAAGAUGCGGUCAUGCCUGAAGUGUCCGAGCAACUGUGGGGUCCUAUUCCUUUACCACGUCUUCCACCUGGACAGCAGAAUUUGUGUUCUGUAGCAUCACACAGGAUAAGGAACACCAAUGGUAAGGUGAUGUUUACCUGUCGUGUAAUACAUAGCGUGGCCCUGUUGACGUCUGCCGUCCAGAUCUACUACCAGGACAAACUGGCUGUCGUCUGUCAUCUAGUCGGCACUGACCAGCUGCCUCUGCCCUCCCAGGUAGAUGAUGGAGACAAGUGUGCAGUCCUCAACCCCUGUAAGGGAGAACGGGCUAUACUCAUUAAAAACAAGAGGGGAGACUGGGGAGUUGUAGUAGCAGGUUGGACCGGUCGGAAACCGGGUGUUCCAGGAACCAAAGGUAAGCGUGGAACACCUGGAAGUCCAGGUCAUCUAGGGGUUAAAGUCUUCCAUACAUCUAAGAAAACAUGGACAACAGCAGAGGUAGAGAUGAAUCACCAUUCAGAACAAUACACAGUCAAGUGUGAUGGUGUGACAAUGGAAUUAAUUGAUGGGACAAUUACCUACAAGAAAAACUUUACAGAGAUGGCUGAGAACUUGGGACUUGUUUUCUGUAUCUCUCUCCUCCAUGUUCUCUGUCAGCCUCGGCCAAAAAACUGGCAACCCGGCCAGCCACUUCAGACAAAGGCCCAAAACCGAGGACGGGUUCACAUCCAACAAUUACCGUCUGAGGAACAUCUGAUGCUCGCAGGGAUGGGAUUGUUGAUACUCACACCUUGCAAUCACUUCAUCCGGCACAAGUUUGGACUACACAAGUCCAGACACUACUUCCUGCACGGAACCCAGGACUUCAGUGAUGGGAGUGAUGAGGAAGGGGGAGAUUUAUCCCAGAUAAACGCAGAGCUAGGGAAUGAAGGAACUAGAGGACACCUGGACUUGGAACUAAAGCUUGAUGACAGUGAACAAGAAACAGAGGAGGAUGACUGGGAGUUUGAUGUAGACCUGGAGGGGGGUGCUGAGGCGGAGGACACAGGGGGCUGUGGUGGAUGUGGAGGUUGUGGGGGAGGGGGUGAUGGAGGUGGGUCAGGAUGGGGAGGAGACGGUGAUGGAGGUGGUGGUGGACAUGGGGGUUGGGGCGGUGAUGGGGAAGGUGGAGGAGAUGGAGGAGUGUAA